AUGCUCAAGAGAGUCUCUACCGUUGUGUUCAGGCGCUGUAGCAGACUAGUAUCCACUAGAGCUGAAGGUUCUAAUGUUUUAUGGUACUAUGCCACCGAUGUACCCACAUCUAAACCAUUUGAACCAAACUAUUCCAUUGGAGACAAAAAACCUAGCAAGUUCAUCCCAUUUUCCAAGAAUGACUCUUCGAGACUUGAAAGGAUGUUCCAGCUUGCCAGUUCUAGGUCCGCCAACGAAACUUCCCGGUUGAACGCUGUUCCUGUGAAUGAAGAUUAUCUAUUUGAAGUGGACCUUGCUAAGAGGGAAAUUCGACCUGCGUAUUGGGCAGGACCCACCUAUGAAGUACGACGUGGCUUGUGGUUCAACUCCGAAGGUGUUCCCAUCGAGCAGGAUUUAGCAUCAGAACUGGAGAAACAUCGUCAGGAAUUUUUAGCGGAUAAGAACGACCAGAAACAAUGUCAGGCUUCGGAGCAACAAGAGGGUUUGAGAGACGUCUUCAAACUUUCCAAAACCCAUAAGGAAGGGAAUCUGGUUUUAUAUGCGGACGAAACGACUGCUUUCGUUCUUCCUGAGCUUUACGGCGGUAAACUUCAACUCAACUGGUUGAGAAGUCAUUUGGCUCAGGCUGUACAGUUUGGAGCUUACAAAGUGGUCAGAGGUGCCGACACAAACUGUUCGUUAACGGACGCUGUCAAGAACAAUGUUCAGGAAGAAAUUCAAGACACUGGAAAAAGUCUGGGGAAAGUAACAGACCUCAUCAAUUGGCAGCUCUUGGAUUUGCUUACGGGACUCAAUCCACUGGCAUCUUCGAAAGACUCCAACAACAAAGUCAUGGAGAAAGAAGUCGAAACGGACUACUCAAGGGAGACGUCGACGGGGGGACAAACGAACUCGAAUCAUAGAGACGUGGAUCAUCUGGUAUUUUGCAUCCAUGGAAUCGGGCAGAAUUUGGGUAAAAAGUAUCAAUACGUGAACUUCGUGCACACAGUGAAUGUGCUGCGGGCGAAUUUGAAGAAGAUGUAUUCCACCAGCGAUCAGCUCAAGGAUUUAAACAAGAAGAAAGGUCAUGCCGACUGGGAGAACAACUGUCGCGCUCAGGUAAUACCUAUUACAUGGAGGCACAAGAUAGGCUUCAACACUGACGACGUACAAGUAAACUCUGAGGAUCCAGACCUGCCUACGCUCAGUGAUAUCACCGCUGAUGGUGUGAAGCCACUACGCAAAAUUCUGGGGGAUGUCGUGCUCGAUCUUCUGCUAUAUGGUGAAUCUCACUACAAGCAUCGGAUAAUGCAAGAGGUUGCACAACAAUUGAACGAUUUGUACAACUUUUAUCGGGCUCGGAACCCAAACUUCGAAGGUAAAGUGCAUAUUUUGGGCCAUUCGCUCGGGGGGUUGCUCAUCUUUGACAUUCUGGCGAACAAGGACAGGUACCCGCUAGAUUUCGAGGUGGAGAACUUCUUUUCGGUGGGAUCCCCGACAGGCGUUUUCAAGCUGAUUCAAAAAACGAAGUUGAGCCAUCUAAAGUCGCCGUCACAUACAACAAAAGUCGAAACGCCACAAUGCCAAAAUCUGUUCAACAUCUUCCAUGUCUGCGAUCCUAUUGCUUUCAGACUCGAGCCCUUAGUCGACAAAUCUUUUGCCAAAUUGCAACCUGCAUAUGUCCCACACUGGACAAGCAACGAUUUCACCUCCAAAUUAGUGGAACUUGGCGGGUCACUGAUGACAAACGACUCAAAGAAAGAGGCGUCUUCCAUUACAAUGACUGACCGAAGCAUCCAGAUGUUGAACAAGUUGAACUAUUCCGGCAGAGUGGAUUAUGCUUUUCUUCCAAAUUUUUUAGAGGUCGACUUGAUCUCGGCGAUCAAAGCGCAUGUCAGUUAUUUCGAGGAAAUGGACUUGGCCGCAUUCAUACUCAAGCAAAUGCUAUCCAGACGACGUAGGGUUGACACAGGUCUGCUGGCCCAGAAGCGAAGUGACCUCAGCGUCGAAAAUGACUGA